AUGGCUCUGUCCGAGGAUAAUCAUGUUGUGCAAAGCGGCCCUAUCUUUAGACCCAUUUUUGAUUUCUCGGAUAGUUCUCUGAAUGAAACGGAUCGCUUUGAAAGAAUCGAUGAUGCGGUUAUGGGUGGUAUCAGUAGCUCAUUUGUUCGGCAGGUUCCCGGAGAGAGCUUUGCUCGCUGGAGUGGAGUUUGUCGGGUCGAUGGAGGAGGAGUGUGGAAACUUACAACCAGGACUGACAGUGCUCGAGGAGAACAGUUGUAUCAAGCACAAGUCAAAAUUCCCAACACAAAACGAGACAAUGAGUUCUUCACCCUCCAAGUGCCUUUUGAAGACUUCCGCUUGGUACGAGGGCCACGGUUAGUUUCGGAUGCAGCACAGUUCAACAAAACUCUGGGCAUCUUUCAGAUUGGCUUGAUUAUGAGCAAAUUCGCCAUCGCCGAACAAAUGACAGCAAUUCCAAACUUUAGGCCUGGAUUCUUUGAGUUGCAGAUAGGGGAAAUUGGAAUCUUCUACAAAAAUGGGGCAUCGUUGCCACCUGCUUCAAACUCCACUGUCAAGUCCCUCUCCAGAGAGGAAGUUAUCGCGGCACGGCCGGUGUUGAUGAAAGCGCUGGUGCCCCUAUCCAAAGUAUUCUUCACAGAGAAAAGCCAACGGAGAAAGUCCGCAAUGCGUCUUCUGAAGGAUGAACGAGGGUUAUCUCGUCUCCAGGCAAUCGCCUUCGGCAUCAAGUGGAGGGCAAAUCAAAGAGGGAUGAUGAAUUCACUUUUAGACACAUGCAAAAUGUUGUUUGUUGAUGCUUGUCGGGUAGCUCUUGGCUCAAUGUUCCGCUACGGCAUAUUCCUGCCCUUAAGACUGAUUACUCGAUCUGUCAAAAGAAUUGCGGGAUUAAUUUCCAGAAAAUGCAAAGCUGAAUCGGAAGGCUAG